GUAUGACGAGUAAAUCGAGGAACAGGUGAAGGAGAGGCGUUCCACAUGUUGGUGGCGGGCACGACGCCAACGCUAUUUAAGGCCUCGCAACAGCUCCCUGUCCCGGCGAUAGAGAGAAUAACAUCAAUUUUGUUUGUUUCCUUCCCCACCGUUGCACUGGUCCUAAACUCUCAUCCUGCAGAGAAGAGCCGGAUCGGUGAGGAGAGAGGGUAGAAAUUGGGGUUAGGGUAAAGGGAGAGGAGGAGGAGGAGGAGGAGGAGAUGGCGGAAGGAGGGAUGGCGCCGGCGGGAGUGGCGAAGGAGAGGGUGCAGCAGUAUCAAGGGAGGGUCACGCCCUUCGUCGUCUUCGCCUGCCUCGUCGCCGCGAUCGGCGGCUCCAUCUUCGGCUACGACGUCGGCAUCUCAGGUGGAGUGACAUCCAUGGACCCAUUUCUCGAGAAGUUCUUCCCAGUAGUCUACCGGAAGAAGAACUCGAAAUCCCAGAACAAUUACUGCAAGUAUAAUAACCAGGGGCUCGCUGCCUUCACGUCUUCACUCUACCUUGCCGGCCUCCUCGCAUCCUUUGUAGCCUCUCCGGUGACCAGAAAGUAUGGGCGCAGAGCAAGCAUUAUUUGUGGUGGCAUCUGUUUCCUCGUCGGGGCUUCCCUUAAUGCGGGUGCUGUCAACAUGGCAAUGCUGCUCUUGGGCCGCAUCAUGCUUGGUGUCGGGAUUGGUUUCGUAGAUCAGGCUGUUCCUCUGUACCUCUCUGAAAUGGCACCAGCGCACCUUCGCGGUGGCCUCAACAUGAUGUUCCAACUAGCGACCACUCUGGGCAUCUUCACAGCCAACAUGAUCAACUACGGUACCGAGAAGAUCAGGCCAUGGGGAUGGCGAAUCUCCGUUGGCCUCGUUGCUGUCCCUGCAUUUUCCAUGACGGUAGGAGGUUGUUUCCUCCCUGAAACUCCGAACAGCCUCAUCGAACAAGGGCACGUCCACAAAGGGCGGCAUGUCCUAGAGAGGAUCAGAGGCACCAAACAAGUGGAUGCAGAGUUCCAGGACAUCGUCGAGGCCAGCGAGCUAGCGAAUUCCAUCGAGCAUCCCUUCAGGAACAUCCUGGAGCGAAGAAACUGGCCACAGUUGGUCAUGGCCAUCUGCAUGCCAGCUUUCCAAAUCCUCACGGGCAUCAACUCCAUCCUUUUCUACGCACCGGUGCUGUUCCAGAGCAUGGGCUUCGGAGGAAAUGCUUCGCUCUACUCGUCGGUGAUGACCGGUGCAGUGCUCGUAGCCUCGACGCUCGUCUCCAUUGCAACGGUUGACAAGUGGGGGAGGAGGGUUCUGCUAAUUAUCGGCGGAAUUCAGAUGGUCUUGUGCCAGAUCAUCGUGGCGAUCAUACUAAGCCUCAAGUUUGGCGAUGAGAAGCAGCUUUCAAAAGACUACUCGAUCGUUGUGGUGGUGCUCUUCUGCCUCUUUGUGGCUGCGUUCGGGUGGUCUUGGGGACCCCUGGGUUGGACCGUCCCCAGCGAGAUAUUCCCACUGGAGACACGGUCGGCCGGGCAGAGCAUCACGGUGGCCGUCAACCUUUUCUUGACAUUUGCGAUCGCCCAGUCCUUUCUCACCCUCUUGUGCUCCUUCAAGUUUGGGAUCUUCCUCUUCUUCGCCGGGUGGAUCACCCUCAUGACCCUCUUUGUCUACUUCUUCCUCCCAGAGACCAAAGGGGUGCCCAUCGAGGAGAUGGUACUGCUCUGGAGGAAGCACUGGUUUUGGAAGAAGGUGAUGCCACCUAUUGAGGGUGGGGAGCUUCCAACGGAGUUAUCUGAUAUCAGGGAGUUCAGCUGAACAGUGGUGUUUCUUAGUUUGGAGCUGUAAACAAUACGACGGUUGUGUUUCUUAUCAGAUGCUAAAAUAUUUUGCAGAGAGUUGCAUUCCUCAAGCAAUCAUGUUUCUCUUCAUCCCUACCAUGGAGUUUGCGUUCACCAAGUAAUGAUGUUAGUUUUCAGUAUGGCGGCUGACUGGAUAGCCGCCUAUGUUGUCUUUUGGAUUUGGCCCUCCGGUCUUUUAAAUAUAUUUUAUUUUCUGACCCUU